UUCUACACUAAGCCAACACUAUUAUCAAUCAUAUCAAAAUCUUCACAUAUAAUUCCCAUUACACAAAUUUUUUUUUACCAUAAGUUAACAUGGCACCCCAUGGCGACGCUAUCGUCAGCUCCUACACAUUUAGUAGGCCGCCAAGACUAUCGUCGGAUGGGCUCAAACGCACGGUGUCAGAAAUGCCAUUCGAGUUUACCAAAGACAAGAUUGAUAUCAACUCACUGACUACAAUAGCCGAGGUGGUGGACGCUAAGUGCGAGUGUUGUGGUAUGGUCGAAGAGUGCACACCCGAGUACAUGGAAAAAGUGCACAACCGGUUUUUAGGCAAGUGGAUAUGUGGUUUGUGUUCGGAAGCUGUGAAUGAAGAAAUGGAGAAAAAUGGUGGGAAUAAAGAAGAGGCGGUUAGUAGUCACAUGAACACAUGUGUUCGGUUCAACAAGCGUGAUCGAGCCUUCCCGGUUUUGUGUCAAGCCGAGGCGAUGAGAAACAUGUUGAAGAAGACUAGACUAAGAGCUACUUCUUUGAGUCCUAGAGACCAUGGGCUCGCCAAGAAGGGUGGCAUUGCUAGGAGUUCUAGCUGCAUUCCUGCCAUUACUAAAGAAGUCAAUGAUGUCAACACUCACUAAGCUAACUACCAAAUUAAUAUAACUAUUAUUAGCCAUAAUUAACCUUCAUAAUAUAGCUGCAUUCCUCCCUCCCUUGAAGGGUUUUUAUAUAUAGUUAUAAGCUUGUAUGAGACCACAGAUCUAACCAACAUAUGUAACUUGACCUGGUUGUAGGGUUUUUUCUGGUGUUGGUUAUUUUACUAUAAGUUUUGGUCGUUGUGUUGUAACUUGUAAGUUUCAAAUUUAAUGAAUUCUUGUAUUGUGUGUUUUAA